CACGUACUCCUCCCUCUAUACAUUGCUGCAUUGGGACUGAACUUUUAAACUUUUCUUCCUGGCAAAGAAUCUCCAGACUCCAGUUCUUCAUGCUCCUCUCCUCCCCAAGUUCAAAAAGCUCCAAUAUUUAAUACUUUCACGGGCACAUCCGCCCCCCGGUAGUUCUCUUUCUCUUUGUAUUUUCACACACACAGUGAGUGUGUUCUGUGUGUUGUUUCUGCGCCUGUGAUCCGACCUUUCCUCUUCAAAGCUCUCAUUUUUAUUUUGCUUUACAGCACUGCAAUCUCACAUAAAGACAAAGCACACCACUUGUUUAUCAACCACCCACGUUUCCUCAUUAGUUCUCUCAUUUCUUUUAUAACUGUUUCUAUUAAUUAUACUAAAAAAACAAAGUUCAAUGAAAGAUGAGCCGUGGGUUUUUGGUUCUUUAAAUUACUGAGAUAUUGUGGUGGUGGGUUGAGAACCCAAAAAAAGAGAGAGUCAAGAAUCAUAGGGUAGUGAGAUAUUCUUAUUUUCUAAGUUUUUUGGUGGAUCUGAGGUUUCUGUCUUUCUCAGCCUAAGACCAUUACUAAUGCAGGUGAGACUUGAAGUGCAACACUAAUGCUGCUACUACAAUGGGUCUUGAUCAGUUCCUUUUUUCAUGUGUUUAGGAAUUUUGAGAUUUCUGGUUUGAUGUUGUGGUUUUAAGGAUUCUGGUUUGGUUCCUUUUCUUUUUCUUUUUUGGUCCAAGGAUGAUAAAGGGAGCAUUGAAAACUCUGGCCUUUUUUGGCAGAGGAGCAAAAACAAUCAACUUAUUGAGAUAUAGUUAUUACCACUGUAAUAAAGAUUGGUUUUUUAAGCUUCUUAUGUAGAUCCAUUGGCUUUGGGUUUUACCAUUAUAUCUGACUCUCUAUUUUUCCUAAAUUGCUUUUGAGGAUUCCUAAGAAUAUUUGUGAGAAUUAAGAAUGUAGAUCAGUCCAUAGUUUCUGAAUUUUUCAAUAGGAGAGUGAAAGGUUGAUGUUGAUUUUGGGUUUAUAUAUUGUUUUUAAUUCUUUAUAGUUUCUGGGUUGAUAAAGCUUGUUUUUUUCUAAUUGGAUAUUAGAUUGUUGUUCUUUUUAGCCGGCAUUUAAUUCUUUAUGUUUUCUUUCAUAUGCUUGCUGUGAUUUAGAGCUGCAGAAGAGCUGUUGCUUGUCUGUCUGGAUCAAUACAUUCGACAGCCUAUUUGCGAUAUACUAAUCUAUGUAGAAUAUGCCUCAAGACAGUCUGAAGUCAUACAGAUCAUUUGUCAGAUGUGAUGAUCCCAGAGGUGUUGUUGAGUGUAAGACUAUUAGAAAAAACAAGACCGAACCCUCAAAGAUGGACGAUCGUGUUGUAAAACAAAGAGCACAAUCGAAGAAGGGAGGAAGGAAAGAAAUGGCGUGGAAAGGGUGUGCAGAAGAGUUAAGUUGUGUGUCGUCUGUGCAGCUCGAGGAGGUGUCUAAAGGAGCUGAGAAGCUAAACCGAGUGAUUGAGUUGUGGUCACGAGGGGUUAGCUUUGAGAGGCAGUCGAAAGAUAUUGCAAAGGACUUGUUGAAAGGGGCUCUUGAUUUGCAGGAGUCUCUAGUGAUGCUGGGGAAAUUGCAGGAAGCAUCACAGAUUGGGAGGGCGAAAUCUGAAAGAAUUGGAGGUCAGAGGUAUCAUGAGAUGGAGUUUGAGAAACCGAGGUUUUCUGUUGAUGGGGCGUCGGGGGAUUGCUAUGAGGAGCUGAGGGAGGUGAUAAGAGAGAGCUUUGCUAGACAGAAUUUGUUGCCACCAAGCUAUCCUGUCAAGAGAGUUUCUUUUGAAUGCAGAGAACUGGAAUUGUUAUCCCCAGAUCUCCCCUCCACUAGCUCAAGCCAAUCUUCAUUUCAAAAGGCUUGUUUUGACAGAAGAAAACUGGCUUUCACUCCUGAUCCUCUUUCUACUAGCUCAAGCCAAUCUUCCAUCUUUGCCAAUUCCCUGCCUUUUAAAGAGGAGAAGCCUAAAGGUCCAAACUUGAUUGCCAAACUUAUGGGUCUUGAAGAAAUUUCUUCAAAGCCUCUCCAAUCAACUUCCCAGAAACAGUUAGAGAAGGACAGGCUUUUCAACCAAAGGCGGCCUAUAUUCGAAAUUGAUCUGCCUUUGCCAAAGGCAAAGAAACCUCCUUUUGUCAUCCAGAAGGCGGAUCCCAAACGCAAAACUCUGGAAGAGAUCAUCGAAACCAUGCAACUCAAAGGGCUAUUGAAAAGCAAGCUUAUGGAUGGGUCAAAGCACCACACUGUUUCAGAUUUGGAAGAGAGGUUUGAUGAUGGUUCCCCGCCAAUCGUGAUUAUGAGGCCUUUUUAUGCUCCUGAACUUCAUGGAGAAAGGUUUUAUGGAAGUGCUCCCCGCUUCGAAUGUGCUUCUGUCACUGAAGAAAAGGUUAGGAGAAGCAGAAGAGAAGACUUUUUACCCAACUCUAGAAGCUGGACAGCAAAAAAUGGUCAAAUAGCAAAUUCCAUUCAGGAAAAAGGAGCUAAGGAACAUAGAAAAACACCCAAAUAUCCAAAUGAAAAUGGGACCAAGGUUCAUGCAAAACUGUCUUCUAUUAAGGCCAAGGCUUCUGAUCCUGGGAAGCCUAGGCAACAGAAGAAAGAAGCUACUGAUAAAAAGCUCGACAAGAUUCAGAAGGUGACUCCUAAUUUGAGGAAAACAGAAGGAAUGAAAAAUCCCAAAGUUAGGAAUGCAGCUAAAUCUUGUGACAUAGACAAGAACGCCUCUGCUAAACUCAGAAAAUCAGAUACACAGCAAAAAAAUAGCUCUUCAGAUCUUGCUUCAAAGCGUGCUGCAUCUCAUAACUCCAGAAAUAAGAAGAAUAUGAAAACAGACAAGCCAGUAAGGAAUUCCUCUAUAGCUAUUUGGGUGACAAAGCAGGUUGAAAAUAAGGGGGACAAGAAAGAGACUUACAAAACAGAAACCAAAGUUGAAGCAUCAGAGAAAGUUUAUUCCCCCGAAGCUUCUGUUGUUUAUGAGAAUCACAUCACUGAUGAUCAAAUCAGUGAUGAAACUCUUCCCUGUGACCCCAACGUGCUAACUGUCGAAUGUGACAUCAAUAUUGAAUCAAAAUCUUGCACGAGAAGUUUACUGCUAAGCAGUGCAUCGUUCCUGAGCCAAGCAGAAGAGCUUUUUGGUACUGAUGCAUGGCAGCCUGGAGCUGCAUCAUCCUUCAAACAUGAUUGCUCACAGAAUGGAACGGUGGAGACAAAACUGUUGCUCGAUUGUGCCUGCGAACUAUUGAGCAACAAGAAGGCGCAAUGCACACUGUCUUUCGAUCCAUUAUCGGUUAGAAGAUCUGGAGAUGGUGUCUCCCUUGACAUGCUGGUUUCUGAAAUCUGCGAGGUGAUUGAAGGUUUGAGGAGCUAUGAAGAUCCUGCUGGAGCCCUUGGUGUCGAUACACUUUGUUCGUUAACCAGAAAAGAUCAAUGGUGCAAGGGAGUGGUGAGUGGGACAUGGGAUUUGGGUUGGAGUAAAGGAUUCAGUUCAGAUGAAGUGGAGAAGAUAAUAGGUGAGAUAGAGAAGCAGGUGUUGUGUGGUAUGAUUGAGGAUACAGUAGCAGAUUUUGCUGUGUAAAUGUUACAUUAUUCUGGAUUUCAACUUCUAAUCUGUA